UUCUAAGUAUAAAUCUUUUGCUAUUGAAAAAAUAUAAUGUUUGCAAUUGACAAGUCAUUGAAACUAAAGUAUGAAAGAAAGCAAAAUUAAUGUAUAUAUUCUAGGGUAGUUAUUCAUCGGAGUCAAGAGUUUCACUGUCAUCAUCAGAUUCUUGUUCCUGUUCUUGGUCUUCAUCUUUUCCUUCAUCUUUUACUUGUUCUGCAUCUGAAUAAUUAUCAUCUGACCCAUUGUCUUCAUCUUCUUCAGCCUCUUGCAAGUACGUACUAGUGGGAUUCUUCGUUGGAGGAGCAGCUUUUUCUUCUGCUAAACUGGUGUCCAUCAAUCCAUGCGUCGUUGCAUAUUCAUUUAGGGCUUGGAAAACGCUUUGAUCAAUCAUAUCAAAAGAUAUUGUCGUAUCCCUCACUUCAAAAUUUAUAGAAAAAGUUCUUUGUAAAACAUUACUAUAGUAAAAAUUCUGAAUAUCUGAAGUUUCAAUAAAUAGCACGGGUUUACGAAACCCCCAAAGGACACCUUUCUUUAGAAAAUAUAGGUAGCCUAAGAAAAAAAGGGGUUAGUAAUUCAGGUCCUUAGCAAAAAAGAAAUACCAUCUUUGUUCUUAUAAUUUGCUUCUACGCCAUACGAUACCCCGUUGUCGCCGGUUUGAGCUACAGGACACACAAAUUCUUCUUUAGAUGGAGCAAUAGUACUUAUCCCCACAUACUCAAAAAAGUCUCUAAAGAUGUCCCAAGAAUUCGUACAAUGAACGAAAGAACGUUGGCCUUCUACUAGUUUCAGCUUUUCCAAAGAAUACGGUGCAGUAAAGAGGAUGGGUUCAUUCCCUUCAGUAGUUGCGUCCUCUAGAACAGAGUUGCUUUUUGAUUCGCUCUUUCUAAAAAUAAUUAUGUUAUUCUGAACAUUAGCUUUUCGAGGACCAGGUGUAUGACAAACGAAGUAGAUAUCUGUCCAAGGUAGCCAAAUUUCCACUGAGUUUUCUUCUCCGGGUAAAGUAAUGCUGAUACCAUGUUCAUAUAUAUAUGUAUCAAAACGUUUCCUCAUGGGUAAUUGAAACGAGAGUCCCAAUACUGCAUAAACCAGGUUUCCGGUAUCAUUCUCAAGUCGAUUUUUCCUUUUCAUGCCCGUUGUUGCAGGUUCAACAUUUUUUCCAUAGACUUCUGGCGCUUCAUAAUAAGUGCAUAUUCUAUCAAUUAAUGAACAUAAACCAGGAUUUUGCUCUUCAAAUUAGCUUUUUUCUACUGCUUGAGGACGUUCUCAUUCAUACCGCAUUCCGUUAUAACAUUUUGUAAUAGUUUUCGAUCUUUAGAAAACCUCUUUUUUAUGUCAUUUUUAAAUUUAGGGUCCAUUUCACCAAGGUAAUCUAUUGUACUAUAAUUCCUCUUGGUUCUUGCUUUGCCUUACUAUAUAUGUCCACUUACGAUUGUAUUUUUACGAAUGCAAUACUUUCGAAUCAUAUGUAAAUUUACUCUUGCCAACAAUAUGCUAUAAAAAAUAUAUUAAUUGUUGUAAUUAUUUAACCAAAUCUUAGGAAUGGUAUAUAUGUUACUGAGCAUCGCCAACAAGACUACUCAUCCAUUAUCCAUGUGAAAAGAACGGAGGUUUUAAUGUUCUCCUAUUUGUAUUCUGAAGGAAAACUGAUUUUUUUUUAACAAAAUUAGUCACAUUGUGCGUGGAAGAGGUCAAAAUGCUUAGUUUUGUAAACUUGGGAAAAAACGAUGUAGCGAUUAAUUGCUUGGGUUGGCAUAAAAAACUUAUUGAUAAAACCUAAUUGGAUCAAUUAUUUGUUUUUGUGCUUGCAGUUUUCGUUUGCUCGUUUUUAUAGCCAUUGUUUGUUUACAUUUAUCAAGACGCAUGCUGUUUGUUUAUAUCAAGCAAACCUGCAGAGCAAGCCAUUGUUUGUUGAUGUAUACAUAUAAUUGCCCUCCUAUAUUCACUUAUUUUUUACCAUUCCCAAUUAGGACCGGCCAAUACUCCUGCAAAUUGGAAUUUGCGUUGUAUAAAGAGGAUUUGAAGGAGGUAUUCUUUAACUGACGAACCAAAACGUCUGUUUGUGAAGUAUUAGAAUAUUUUAUUAGUUAUCUCCUCCGAUCGAAACUGUUACAAGGCCUUGCAGCAUCUUAAGUCGGCCAUCAAUUGAUUCAUUCAAGCGGAUUUAUACUAAACUUUUAUUUUAUAAAACAUAACAGGAUUACUUAAUAUUUAUACCAUGGUUGAAGAAGAAACCUCACCAACUCAUCUCAGUUUUAUCGAAAAAUUAGCUGGGUUUGAAUCCUGCAAGGACGGUCGACCAAAAUUCGAUCCAACAUCUCAAGAUUCCCCUUACCAAAAUAAAGGAAAACGUUUGCAUUCGGGAACCGCUUUUAACAAUUAUCGACUGAGCCAAGACAAAGUUACCAAGAUUCCUGUUGACAAGCCCACGAUAUCCUCAAAAUUGGACGAAGUCGAUGUUGAAAUCACUGAACGCGAAAUAAAUGAUCAUGAAAGAUUCGACGUUAGACGUUUUCCUAAAUCAAAUAGAAUUAUAGAUUUCAUUAAUUUGCGCCGAACCUCUCGCCAAGAACCUUCAAACCAGAAAGCCUACAAAUCCACUGCACAAGUACUGAAUGGUGACUUGCUCCCCAAGAAAUCCACGACCAAGUUUAAGUCUUUGUACGAUGGAAGAAGAAGCCCUAAAGCUUCAUUAACGUUCAGGAAGAAAUCCCCGAAAAAUAAUUCAUCAGCAAAUAGGAUUAUAAGUGCUCCUACACGCAGUUCUUCUCGCCUGUCACAAAACGACAACGAAGAGGUACACUUGCGGAGUGUAAGCAGUAGCGCUACUUCAACGAAAAGAGGAUUGGAUGGUAUUGAUGAAAUUCAGCCUUCAAAGAAACGGAAUGUUACACCGGAGCCUCGCUUAGUUGUGUCAAACUUUCCAAAUGAAAUUUAUCCAUCCGGAACCUUAAGUUUAUCUGCUCGACGAAGAAUACAAAAGCAAGUUUCAGGAGCUAAUGUUCGUGCAAGAAUAGAACUUGCUAGGCGCCGCAAUGAACAGAGAAGAGAUGCUACUUCUGAGGAGAAUCAUAAUGAUCUCAAUGCAGUUAAUAGUCGACCAGAUCAAGUGUCCAACAUUGUUACCGAGAAAGUGAAUCAAAUUAAAGACGUAUUUACAAAAUUUGCUUCUAUUAAUCACUCCAAUGAACCCGCGAAGUCCACCGAAACCGACAUUUUCCAAGAACAAUCAGCGUCUCACAGGUUUUUGCAAGCCAUCAGAGAAAAAACAUCGAAUUUUAUGAAAAAUGAUACAAAAGGUGCCAACGUACAAGAAAUACCAAAUGAUAAUGAUUUAAAAGAUGCACCAUGGAAAGGACACGUUCGCUCAUUAGCUGAGCAGUUUGCUAAUACACCUCAAUUUUCUAAGAAAGUUGUAGAGACAGAAGGAUUAGCGUCUAAGGAAAAUGAAAAGGAAGCGGUAUCAAAAUUGACUCCACCAGUAACCCCUGACAAGGUUACAAUCCAAAAUCAAACAUUGAAAGAUUUACAGAAGGAAAACAUUCCAAGCGACAUUAUCAAUGAGAAGAUAGAUCAUGAUAAAAAAAGCGAUGUUUCCCAACAGACUAUUCGAGCUGACACUCUGCAACCUAAACGUUUGCUUACCACUGAUCAACAAAACAAUGAGCCGGAAUCAUAUUUGAUAGAGCGUCUUUCUGAUAGACUCUACUUUUGCAGGACCGCUAAGCAUUUGCUCCGUGUCUACGAUUUGAGACAUGCUGAGCACCAAUUUGCCCUAGUGUUUGCUAGGUAUCUUAAAGCUCCACUGGAGAAAAUACUCAACAUUCAAUCAUCUCUUGUAACUUUCUAUGCUUCUAUUUCCGAAAUAGAUUUAUGUGAGGAACUUAUGCGACGUGACAAGAUUUUCUCAACGCCGGAUACCCCGGAUGGAUUGAAGUCUUUUGUUAAUUAUUUAAAAGAAGAUCAUGAAAAUUUUAGCUAUGAUGAAAGAAGCUAUUUAUGCCAACUGAAGAAGAACAUCGGUUGCGAUAAUGAAGAUUGGAACGGAAUUGCUGAGGAAAUAAAGAAAAUGGGGAAUUUACGGAGUAUUCGAGCUAAACCACAGAAAAUAGGAAAUAAGCUAUUUGCUAAUCCAGAUUUGAAGACAAUGGAUAUACAGGAAACAUUUUUGGAAGAGUUUAUGGAAGAUUGUACCGACGAAGGUGAUGAUGUUUAUGAUAUUGAGACGUUGAACAAUAUUGAUUUGAAGUUCGAUGAUGAUGAAACCCCUACAUCAAGUAUAAAAGAAAAGGAAGAACCGAAUGAUUACGAGAACAUAAGGUUCUUAAUUCCACACUGCGCGCUUCGAGUUUUGCAUAUCCCAAAUGCAUCCUACCUUCCUUUAUUACAAGUCUGCAGCGACUCGCGAUUUUCUGAUCCUGCAAAACUAGCCCAUUGUUUAUGGGAUCUUGAACAGAAUCAAUUGCUUUCCUAUAAUUUCACCGAUUGGUUUGUUAAUUACUUUUCUAAUAAAAGUGAAGUGUUCUCAAAUUUUAUGUCAUAUUAUGAUUUGAAAAAUCUAAGCCUUUACGAAGCUUUUCAAACAAUUUGUUGCGAUCUCUAUUAUGGUUCUGAAGAUUUCAUGAACUCACGAUUAAUACGCAUUUUCGCUAACAAAUGGUUAAACCAAAAUUCAACAUUUGGAUUUUUAACCGAAGAAAUCGUCUUGGAGCUUCUGAAAUCCCUUGUCCGAUUGCAUAAAGAAACAAAUACUAGACGUCGUAUGUACAAUUAUACAUCAGCGGAAACAUUUAUUAAAACAACGUUCCAAACCAUUUUGCCCUUAAUCCAUCCCGAAGCUAUUUGUGCUGUUCCUAUUGAGCAAAGACGGAAGUGGAGAAAAUAUGGAAAAUCGAAAACAAUGCUUGCUAAAGUUCUAUGCGCAUCUUGGAAUACUAUGCCACAAGAGGUUGGGUUUGCUCUUGAGUGUAUGCUUAGUGAAUUUUACGAUUUGUUUGUUGUCAAUCCAUUUCAAGUACCAAAGGCAGUUUAUAUACAGUUAUGCAACCAAGUGAAAGGCCAAGUUAGUCCGCAAAGGGAGAAAGUGAAUUUAAUGUCAGAAUUGUUGCGAAGAGCCGAGCCACAGAAAAAAAUAAUGAAUCAAGAUAUUGCCAGUGAAAAUGACGCCUUUAAAGAAAACUCAUCUUACGUAUUAACAGAAGCCAAUGCCGGCCUUUUCGCAACAAAAACGAUAGAUCUUCCAGAGCCAGAGGUGAUCGACGGAAGACCACACUUUCAGAUUUUCAAUUAUGAAUAUCAUAUGAAGGAAGAAAAAACACAUGAAAAAUUACCUUGGUUGCGUCAAGGUUUAAUUUCAUAUAAAAAAGUAAUCCCUGACAAGAAUGGAAAAUGGACAGUUGGACCUUGGUAUAAACGAUUUGCUAAAGUUUCGCAAGGGAAGCUGUAUAUAUACAAAUUAAAUAUGUUUACUUCCGGAGACCUUUCUGAUGCUGAGGUUUGGAUGAAACAUGGAACAAUUCAUAAAGAGAUCGAUUUACAAAAUACGAUUGCAAGUGUUGACGUGCCAUCGUCAUGCACUUCAAGAAAAGAUAACUGUAUGAUGCUCAAGAUUCCUGGUGACUGCAGUAUACUUUUUCAAGUAGACAACAUUCUCGUAUUAAAUGAGUGGAUACAUGCGAUUAAUUUUAAUGCUGCGAUGGCAUCCUGCCAUCCUCUUCCUGAGAAUAUUACGAAUACCGAAUAUGGCUGGGGUCCGGUUUUACAACGGGCAGAGGAAAAACCCCAUUACACCUCUGCUGAUGGUAGACUUACUUACGUUGGAGAUUUAGUGGAAAUCCAAAACUGGGAGCCUUCAGAUAUGCAAGGAAUACGAGAUAUUCCACGUCCACUACGGGAAAAAGUGAACAAUUUCCGUCGUAAUGUGCCUGUUCUACUGAGAACCUGUUUGGAAUUUCAAAAUGUACUUGACAAAAUGCUUAGCUGUUAUGGGUCGGGAUCAAAGAAUUACACAAAAGCACUAUCGAAUUGGAACAAAAAAAUGAAAUUUUUAUAUGAAAAGAGCAUAAAAUACAAAGAAUAUCUACAUGUAUUGGAGUGUGAAUACAGUUAUCGAAAAUCCCAUGAUUUUUAUCCUACGCUGUCACCGACCAAACAUAAAGCGAGCAUGGAAGUUUGAGGAGAUUAUAAUAUGAUUUUGGGAGUGAAAAGAGCUGUUGUUUGAACUACCAGAAAGUUUUUACGUCGUAUGUCACGUUUGGCAAGAUAUGGAUGGCUCUAAGAGUAUGACUUUUAUUGUAAAUGUGAAGAUGAAACAACCCCGUCUGGUAUAGACUUUUGCUAUUCUUGGCAAUUGUGCGAGUUCUCAUUAGAAACUUAACUUGUUUUGGGUAGCCGUAUUCUACCCACUGUACAUUAGUGCUUAAAUUAGGUGAAUGAUAUGAUGUUACUAUUGA